AUGGCGUCGCUUUCCGAACGAUAUGAUACACCACCAGAGCAGCCAGUUACGAUAAUUGAACAAGGGCCGAGACUAUCAAAGGGAUGGGGAAAGGGGCAGAGGGCGGUACAAUGCUGGACACAAAAAUUGAAAACCAGGCCUGAUGGAGCUGCAACACAGGGUGGCAGAGGGGAGGCCAUGCAGAGGCAAGUGACAGGACGGGAAAACGAGUCGGAACCAGAAAUUAUCGGAGACGUGGAAGGGGGAAGGGGGAAGGAGUACGGAGUAGUAAGAGGGUACAUUACAACAUACGAUAACUUACUCCGUACUCUGUUUUGGACGGGGGAUGAUGCUGCCAGGGAUGAAACAAGAAAGGUCGAAGAUCCAAGAGGCGUCUUUCAAGCAAGAGUUACGACAACACGGCGGCGGCGGCCGUUGCCAGACUCCAUAGCAGAGGAGCAACAGGGAACCGAGCGGAUUAGCGUUUAUUAG